UGUCCGCAGAGCUCGGCGGCGGCACCGCGGGGAGCGGAGAGCAGGGCAGGGCAGGGCAGCGGGGUCCGCUCCGCCGGCUUCAGCUCCCGCACGCCGCGUCAGGCCGCGCUCCGGCCGCCGCAGCCGCCAUGACCACGGAGGACGAGAUCAUCCGCAUCGCCAAGAAGAUGGACAAGAUGGUGCAGAAGAAGAACGCGGCUGGAGCUCUUGAUUUAUUGAAGGAGCUUAAGAAUAUUCCCAUGACCCUUGAGUUGUUACAGUCUACCAGAAUUGGAAUGUCAGUGAAUGCAAUACGCAAGCAAAGCACAGAUGAAGAAGUUACAUCUUUAGCAAAAUCUCUUAUCAAGUCUUGGAAAAAACUGUUAGAUGGACCUUCAACUGAUAAAGAUUCUGAAGAAAAGAAAAAGGAGCCUGCAUCUUCCUCACAAAACAGCCCUGAAGCAAGAGAAGAAAGCAGUUCAAGUAGCAAUUCCAGCAGCAGAAAGGAGGAGGGUAGUGCUCCCUCAAAUUCUUUCAUCCCUUCUUUUCCCCGGGCUCCAAGCACUUCGGAUUCUGUACGAGUGAAAUGUAGAGAAAUGCUCUCUGCGGCUCUCAGAACAGGAGAUGACUACAUUGCUAUUGGUGCUGAUGAGGAAGAGCUGGGUUCUCAGAUUGAAGAAGCUAUUUUUCAAGAAUUGAAAAACACCGAUAUGAAAUACAAAAAUAGGGUACGAAGUAGGAUAGCAAAUCUCAAGGAUGCAAAGAAUCCUAACCUAAGGAAAAAUGUGUUAUGUGGGAACAUUCCCCCUGACAAGUUUGCCAAAAUGACAGCAGAGGAAAUGGCAAGUGAUGAGCUGAAAGAAAUGCGCAAAAAUCUGACCAAAGAAGCUAUCAGAGAGCACCAGAUGGCUAAAACAGGAGGUACCCAAACUGAUCUGUUUACAUGUGGCAAGUGCAAAAAGAAGAACUGUACAUACACCCAGGUUCAAACCCGCAGUGCUGAUGAACCCAUGACAACGUUUGUUGUCUGUAAUGAAUGUGGAAACAGAUGGAAGUUCUGUUAGAAGAAGAAAUUGUCAAGACAUCUGGACCAGUAUGAAAGAGGAUUUUGUAAUUAGCUUUAAAAAUUAGGCUAAGCAUCUAGCUUCCUGCAAACAAGAGGGUUUUUUGGUUUGGUUUAUUUUUGGUUUUUUGUUUUCUUUUUUUUUUUUUUUUUUUUUUUAAAGCAGCAUACAUGCCUGAAAUUAGCCUUUGUUUUGACACAACCAUCAUUUCCUUAAAUGCCUUCCUUAUAGCUGAUAGUCGGUAGGGCCAGGUUGCUCAAUUGUAUGGUGAAUGUUAAAAUAUUUUUUCAUUUUUAUAAGUAAGUUGACAUUAAACUUUUACCAAUUAAA